AUGUGUGACUCUAGAAUCGGGUUUGGUACUGGUGGAUUGCAUGAUAACAACAAUACAUGUGGCAACGAGGCUACGUAUUAUCCAGACAACGGCAACAAGCAUAUAAAGGGAAUAGGUUAUAUCUUGGUACAGUAAAACGAUAGCACCAAAACUAGGAAGCAGUCAAGAUCAGUCAAGUCUUUUUUGUAUCCUCAGUUAGCAGUCUAUCCUUUUGGAUUUGGAUUCAGUUUAUAAUUAUUCCCUGCCGUUAUAUUUCGUUAUUACACGGGCACCAGUAACUAAUUUCGUAAACUUACAAGGCGAAAGGAAUUACAUCUAGUAGCUUUUUGACUGAACUAUACAACAACGUGUUCGAGUGGUAAUGCCACUCAACAUAAGCUUCAACAUAAGGAUAAAAAUCCGCCACUUGGAAAAAAGAUGACCAAAAGAUAGUUAAAAUAAAGGUUUCGCCAAACUUAAAUGAAUUUUUCUAGAUUCAAAGUAUGUGGAUAAUGGCAAAAAUGAAUGAAUGAAUGAAUGAAUGAAUAAGUAAUGAUUAGAAAUUAAUUAUGUAUUAUUUUAAAUGUCAAGCCCAAAAAAUUAUUUCGUGGUUUUUACCUGAUUUCUAAUUCUUGGUUAUAUCCAAGAAGACGGCCAAGAUGGCGACCAUGUUUGGAGCCUCCAGUAGCACCACCACCGAUGAGAAGAUCAAAGGCUUUUCACUGAAGGCAAAAUCGCUUCGAAAUACCGCAACAUACCAAAAACUCCAGGGAGGGGUUCCGUCAACCCCCCCUUUCUGCCACGGUGGGGGUAUAUGAGAAUUUGCGUGUUAUAAAAUAACCAUGCUUUUAAUACUUAUCUCAUUACAGUCAAGCCAGGUCCAGCGUAACCCCCCACUAAGAUUCCAUUAUUUGAAAGUUGAAUCCGUUGGUAGUUGUAGAUUUCAGAUUCAUCUCUGCAUUCAUGCUUAAUGACCAGUGAAUUUAUAUACAAGGCAGUUAUGAAACUUUUGCCUGCUCAGUCUUCUUACAAUUGAUGUGUGUCGGCUUCAAAGCAAUUUUGUCCAUUCAAAGAUUUUUCAUUCUCACCGAAUACAAAGAGGUUAUUGUAAAAAAAAAUUCACACUGCUCACCACGCAUGCAGGAACGCAGAUUCAAAUUUGAUACAUAUUUGUAUUGAUUUUCUGUACUACAACCCUGGUCAAAACGUAUUGGGACACUUGCGGAAAUUAGGCACAAAUAUAAUACGCACUUUGCUAAAUUAACUCAUCUUCUUCCUCUUAAAAAAGCUUAGGGGUGUUGUUAUGAAGGGCUAUUUCUGCUGCCCCCCUCUCCCCCAAGCAGUGUUGAUUGUGUUGAAUUAAAAUUUGAAUACAUAACGUCAACACUGCACCGAGGGGGAAGGGGGCAGGGAAGAUGCCUCAAUUUGACGAGCUAUUGCGUUAGUGUCCCAAGAGUUUUGACCAGGGUUGUAGCUCACUUGGCUGGGAUAGCAGGCCGCUCACGAUUUAAAACCGUAAGAGGCAAAACUAGUAAGGGUUGUUGUUACUGUACAAAGUGCAGUCAAGAGCCAUAAUGGCUCUUGGUGCAGUUAAUUAUACUCGUCUGGUAUUGCUUAAGAUUUAAGCUGAUUUCUCAUUCUAACUGUAUUACAACAAAUAAUAUAUAGAUUUAGCCAAGGCUAAAAGCGAAGCGCCCAUUUUUAGACUUUUCAUUACUUAAAACGAACAAGGUUCACCCUAUUCCAAUCCAGAAAUUAAUGCUGUUUUUAAAACAAAAAUUAAAAUCAAAUUCGAUCACAGUAACAGGGAAAAGAAUUCUUACCCAUACGUGUGCAUCAUUGUCCCCCUCUCCCUUCACCACACCCCUUUCAAAAGUUUAUUACUCAUGAAAUUUAUUGUUUUCUGGUUGUCAUUCACGAAACUCUUUGGCUGCGUCAAGUUCACGGUUUAUGUUUAUAGGUCAAUCUUUCCGUCUCAAGGAGAUUCUACCCAAAUGUUAAAGAAGGCCGAUUUUUAUGUUAGAAUACGUUUUCUUUGCAAAAUCGGACCGACAAAUCGUUAUUGUACCUACAUGUACCCGGUAGAUUAUAUCUGAUACGCAGUAACCUUUACUAUAAGUUAGACUUUUUGUUUCCGAAAAGACCCAAGAAGGUUGAUGAACUUUUUUAACAUUUCCCCCUACGAACAACCAUAAUUUCGUAGUCUACACAAACUGCCCGUUGCGCGUUGUGUGUUUUUAAUAACGCGCCUAAAUGUGCGCUAGACGUAAACUACAGCAAAGACACGAGUCUGUCAUAAGAAUACUAGACAAAUCUUAUAAUUACGUUCUUUCUUUUCGGCGAGAAGAAACAAUGAACACAGGCGUAAAUCACACGCCAUGCUUAAACCAUUUUCAGACAUUUCAUUCACGCUUCAUUCAGACGAGGAACCCAAAACCACUGACCCCCGGUCCAUAGACUAGGCCUUGGCGGAUUGUGCUAGCAAAAUUUUUGGCAUAAUUGGAGCAAAAAAGCACCAUUUUUUUAAACGACCACUGCCACGGCAUAAUAAGCAAAUUUUAGCACUUUUUGGAGCAUAAAUUCAUAAAAUUUAGUACAUAUGGUGCAUUUACCAACAGAAAUAAAAAAUUAAAUCAGCCGCAGGGAAGCAGGUUCUAUUGGUACAGCCUUUCUCUGCUGCAGCUGAGUGAGCCUUUUCCCUACUCUCGGCGGCAUUUAGCGAUCAGCAGGACAGCGUUCUGGCAGACUAUCUCCAGGCCAGCGUAAUGUUGCAGUACUGACAAUAAUAUAAGUGCUGAUGUUGACUUGUGUGUACUAUUCUUAUCCAUGUUUAUUGGUGCUGAAAGAACUCAGAACUGUCAAGACAAGUUGAUUUACUUCGUGGCUUGACACUUUGAACGUUGUAGUUCGCUAUAGUUUGAGUUAGUUUAAAUCAAGAUAGUACUAUAUUCUAAAUUUACAACAACAGUUUAUUUGAAAAACAUCAUAAUUUGUUGUCGUUAUUGCGCGCCUAUAUUUAGAGAAUCUACGUCAUUUGUGAGCAUAAUUUCGGAAAUCAGGAGCAUAAUUUGGGAAUUCUGGCAAAAUUUUGGCAUAAUUUGGCAAAAUUUCGAGCACCUCUAGUAGGAUAAUAUGCCCCUUUUAGGAGCACAAUCCGCCAAGGCCUAGUCUCUAUCAUCUUCUCAUUGCUUAGUUAUUCUGCAUGACUGCUAAAGACGUUUACUCAUCACCCACGCAUUAUUUAUGAAGACAAGAGAAGCCCAAAGGAAGCUCCCAUACCCAGGCUAAUCACCUUUCCUAGCAAAUUUACCAGAGAACUAUUUUGUCUCGAGGCAGGGCUUUAACUGCACUAUACUCACUUCAACUGACGUUUUAAAUAAACAUUUUGUCUCAACAAGCUGGUUAUAUUUCUAAGCAGGUUUAUUUAUAGCGAAAACUCGAGCUUAUAAAUUAUUUCAUACAACUUCGUUAAUUAGAAUUUUCUUAAGCGGUCAUAAUCUCUUAUCGGGGUGCCAUGGCUUGGAACCAAACCAAACACGUGGGACAGAUGAUCUUAUUAGCUUUAAACUUGCGACAUCCUAAGAUAUAACUUUUUAUUUUAUUUUUAUUUUUUGACCUAUUUCUUCUUAUUAUAUUGUAUCCAAAUAAAUCUUGCUUACACAAAACUACAUAGUUACGUUUAUAAGAGUCGAUAGGAACAUAUAUAAAAUUGUAAAUCAUAGUGCUAAAUUAUUGUUAGUUAAUCACCAGUUUUAAUAUCUAUAGGUUGUAAUCGUCACACGGCAUGUCUAAAAACCAGCUUGCUGAGCCAAUUUACUGUGUUUAAAUAAAGUUGAUUGACUGAUUGAUUAAGAGUUUCUCUAUUAAGUCUUUCCUUUUAACGCCGAGCAAUAAACAAAUAAAUAGUCAAGAGCUAAAAUUCAGCUGGGUAUUGUCAUAACACUGAGCUUAAAUUAAAAGCUCUUUUAACUCUUCCUUCUUAACGACAGAAAUGAAUUAAUAGAGCUGAAAAACAACACCAUCUGAGCUUAUAAGUUACUGCAUAUAACUUUCUUUAUAGUGGUCUUCUUUUAUCUCUUAUCCUUUAACGUCAAUGAAUAUAUUAACAAAGCUACAAAUAAGCCCAGGGGUCAAUUUAAUAAUUAAAAACUUUAUACGUGCAAUUUACAAGUGUAGUGCUGCCAUUGUUCUCAGACUCUAAAACAAUUUGUUUUAGAGUCUGAGAACAAUAGCUACUCUUGCAAACUACACGUGUACAAGUUUUAUUAAAUUGUUCCAGGGUUUUUACAUUGCCAAACAACCGCAGAAUCAGUUAUUAUUCAGAAAAUAGAUGUGAUAUUAAAAUUUGAAUGUACUGUAAGAAGUAUAAGCCUAAAUACAGAAAUGUUUAAUGCCUUUGCUCGGUAGUCUAAAUAUCUGGCAUACAUUCAAAAUUUAAGUUGCACAAGAGAUGGUCAAGCCGUACUUAGAUCUGCGGUUCUAGAUUUCUCUUGAGCGGUUUAGGUUGCAUUCAAAUUUACUGCAACUGUCAUUUUGUCUAUUUAAAUAUGUCAAGAAGGUCUUAAACAUAUUUGACAAUUACAAAAAAAAGAAAGAAAUCGUGAAAUAGUAGGAAAACCGUUUUGAAUAUGUUAAUGAAAUAUUUAGUUAGCACUGAAUCUGAUCUUUCCAACAAUAAAUUUUAAACGUAACGUGGAAUUUCUCGGAAUCUAAUAUAUUAAUCCAUUUCGUGACUGAAGCAUUUAUGUUUUACUUUUAAUUUCUUCUUGCUGUUUAAGGCGUCAAAAAGGCUUACAGCUCAGGGUGGAACACCUGACUGUGUAAUUUACCAUUUAUAUGGGAAAACUGGACAUUCCGGUUUGAAAAUCAAAUGGUUUGUGUCAUUCCAUUUAGGAAGGUUCAGCGAAGAUUUAAGACGAAGCAAUGUUUGUAGUUUUUUUAGUCUGUUCAGCCGAUUUGGAUAUAAUUUGUUGCGGCUCGUUCUCAAACUUUAUUCACCAUUUUCGCCGAGACCAUAAUUGUGCCCCUUGUUUACGGCUUCCCCCUCCCCCUCCCACCAAAUUUUUCAUUACCAUUGUUUCCAGUUUUUUUCUCCUUUUAAUACAUUCGCCCCAAGGGAAAUCGAAAACAAGAUUAUGGCACAUUUUGGGGUGUAAACAAGAUACUUUAUGCUCUCGGUAAAAUUGUCAAUAGUUUUAUAUCUAUGCAGAAGUUUUCCACCCCGCGGCGGGUGGUUUGUGUGGAUGGUAAGCAUCUCUCAGCUUCCAAAGAUUGUUUACUAAGUAUGCAAUACAACAGACUCUUUGAUCAGACAUAAUAGGGACUUGAAGAUCCAACGACGCGGUUGGCAGCGAGAAUGUCAUAAAAAACAGUAGGUUUAAUGAGCAAAACAAAAACUUUGCACAUGCAUCACACUUUUUUGUACAUUUCUUUUCCUUUGUUGCACGACUUCAACGUGAAAAUGCCUAAUUUCGCGUUUAAUGGAGAACGUAAACAAGCAACGACGAAAUUUUAUUUCUCUUUCUGAGCUUAAAUAAUGGUCCCUUGAAAUUCCGCUUUAGGAGGGUUCACCUACAAUUGACAAAGUAGGUGGGUAGGAAUAUUCGCUAUUAAGACUGAAAGAACGCAAAUUGACUUUUUAAGUGACGUUCUAUUGCUCCCGUCGCGUCGUUGGACCUUAAAGUCCCGGGGGGGGAGGGGGGGGGGGGCACUUGGGUAUUUUUUGGGUGGGUAUGUGCCGCCCGGGAAUCCAAAUUGGCACCAAAUUGGCAAAUUGGCAUUCAUUAAUGAAUGCGUGACAAACGAACCCCAAAGGACGUCUGCGGGGAGGCUAAAUUGGUACCCCGUUCUAAAAAAAAAUUCUCCUAAAAUUGAUACCCCGUUCUAGAAAUGGGCUAAUUUUUUAUACCCCGUUCUAGAAUUCGCCCUAAAACUGAUACCCCGUUCUAGAAAUGGGCCAAUUUUUUAUACUCCGUUCUAGAAAGUUUGUAAAUUGAAAUAGCCCUGUUUUUUUAAAAAGAUAUUUCUUUAUUUGUUCGACUUAUACAUCAAAGAAAUGCUUCUUCAUAAUCAGCAACAAUUUUAUGCAGAAGAUAAAACCGUGAUCCACAAUUUUUUAUACCCCGUUCUAGAAAACGCCUCUGAAAUGGAUACCCCGUUCUAAAUCAGGAGCUUCAAAAUCACGACCCCGUUGGGCGGCACAUACCUGUAUAGGUAAUGUAUGGGAGUACCCCCGGGCUUAAAGUAUCUAAUAACAACUCAGGUUCGAUUGAUGAUCUUUCAUUAGGCUGGCCGCCUGAAGCGACACACACACGAUUAAAAAGAAAUUCAUAAAUAAUGAACAUUUAAUAUUGCAUAUAAAUUGAUGGUUUUUGAGAACACCAAUCGCUUUACCAAAUAGUCAGCGUUUUACAGUGUUUGUCAAGUUCCUCUAUUUCACGGAGUUCUCCAAGAGUCUCUUCACUAAUCAGGGAUGUUCUCUUUUUACUUUUGCUCGUUGCCUCUCAUUCCAUUGUUUUCUGUGAUACCUAAUGCGACUUUUGCUCAAAUGGAAGGUAAGUUUUAAUAUUUUUUUACAUGUAUUGAUAUUGAAAGAUCGAGGGUGGGAGCGGAAUCAUGAACCAUGAAUCAAUCAAAACAUGUCAGAAUCAUGUUAACAACUUGGGAAUCAUGCAUCUUAAGGUGUUGGUAAUUCGGCUAGGCAACCAUGAAUAACGAUACUCUGAGAAAAGCUCAACAAAAUACACGUAUGAAUUAAUUGCGUUUGAUCCAGGAAAUGUAUGAUAUGGCGUUUCUGAGAGUCCAAUUUUCAUUUUUUUUUUUCUGGGGAGCAUACCCCCUGACCCCCCUAUAUAAUUCGUACAUUUGGGUCCUGAACACUCACCUUGUUUCUUAAGUGAUGGUGCUUAAUGUUCAGUAAUUUACAAAUAAACUCCAUACCUAGACAAAACGAAUGAUGAUACCGUCAGUCUGGAUGAAGCAGAAGUUCGAACACCAAAAAAGCUAUACAAAACGAGACUAAGUUGCCACUGAGAAAAUAAUUAAGUCAUUAGGUGACCAAAAGUCUGUGUGAAUCAUGAAUCUGGAGGAAAAUUCGACUUGUAGGAAUCAUGAAUCAUUGAGGCUAAAACCACAGGAAACAUGAAUAUCAAGAUUCAAAUGAUGCCGCUAAUCUACCCCGAAGAAGGACAUAGACUGGCAUGACAUCUGUUGCUUUGUAUGUAACAAAAGACGAAUUAAAAAAGAGAAAAAUGGUCUCCAGGGGAUAUCGAAGCUAAUUUUUCUUUCUGUGGAUUAACCUGAGAUAUAACUGGCUCUGUUUUGUUAACUAAAAACUUGUCUCAAAAUGCGCGCGAGGGAUAAGCGAACAGCUACUGAAAACGUCGCGUGCUGAUGUUUUAUCGUCUAGGAAAAAACUCAGAAAGAUCUCAGCAGUUUAGGACUUUUUAAAAUAAAUCGUGAUAUUUAUCCACACCUUGUACGUUCGAGGGUUUUAAAAAUACCUUUUUUGUAGAAAACAUGUUCUCUACUCUUACAGUUUUUAGAUGAUAAUUGGACCGGCCUUUUUCAUCUUAACGUUAUAACCAUGCUCCUAUCUCGCCCGACUGCGACAUGAAACUUCCUAAUUUCACCUGCCCACGUUAUAGAGCAGGUGAACACAACAUAGAAAUUUUCUUUUCCUUUUUGUAAACUUAGAUCCUGUCCUUUCGGAUUCAACACCUGAAAUAAUGUCGCCAAUAUUUGAAAAAUGAAAUGAAAUGGAAUAAAAUCGAUGAAGUUUGAAACAGUGCGAAUUCACUUUUUAAGUAAAGUUUUCGGUUUGUUGUCAACCAGAAAUUUUGCUACCAUGGCAACGUGACGUAACGACUUCUCCUCUCUGUUGAUAGCAUGAUUCCAUCCACUUUCUUUGAAAUAAAAUUUAGUGUUGGCCCAAAGGAGUAACUUGAACAAAUUGACGAAAGCUAUCUAAGUUGCAUGAAUUUAUGCAACAGUCGUAAUUAAAUAUUUAAGACUAUAAACUAAACAUAACUUAACAGCACUAAUGAUCGAAAAAACUCACGUAGUCUCUAAAACCUUAUUGAACAGUAUAUUCUUCUUAUUUGGCAAGUCGUCAAAAAGAUACUGUUUAUAAAGACUAAUAAAAGCAUAAUUUAAAAAUUUAACUACAUUGGUCGAAAAACUGCAUUAAACACUCCCUAGCGCUGAAACAACAUUUUCAAAAACUUUUUUAAAGUUAAUGGGAACCUAUAAUUUUUUUCGGUUGUCAAAAGGAAUAGAGAGGAUUCCAUGUUAAUUCUUUUUCAAAAGAAAAGCAAUCUUGGAAAUAAGAUUUUUGGACACACAGAAAACGAAUUUGCGAUGGCUACUGAUUGGGUACCGCUUUCAUUCAGACCGGUGUCGUCAUCGAUGGUAGAAUAAGGCAUUUAUGAAAAGACUUAACAUGAAGUCUUUUCUAAAAUGUAAUUUUCCUCCUACCCCAAAUCACACUAAAAAUAAUUUAGUAAGCUCGUCUUAGUUUUAUGCUUUUUAUGUUGUAUGUUCACAAUUAACUAAAGAAAAAUAAACUUCUAAGUUGACGCUCGAGACAAUUGAAUUAAUAUUCCCUUAUUAACGAAGACGUAGUUUGAUAUAAAGCCAUAUUUUAUUUGCAGUGCAGAAAACUAAGAUAUUUUCAAUGCCAGAGAGCCUUGGAACUAAAAAAAGAGAUUAUAAUUUUGGUAACGUUUCUUUUAAGGGGGAAAUAUCCAGAUGACUUUUCUUUUUUUAUCUUGUUUUUCUAAGAAUGUGUGUUUUUCCAGAGAUUGUUAAUCGUGACGUUGGCGUAAACAGUGCAUUGGUUGAGGUUUCAAGACUUGUCAUUAAUUGGCCCAGCCUGACUGAACAGACGUACCGGACAAAGAGAGUCAUAAAUAAAAAACACUUAAUAUUGCAUAUAAACUGAUGGUUUUUUAGAACGGCUAUCACUUUACAAAUCAUUGUUUUUGGCAGUGUUUGUCAAGUUUAUCCACUGAUUUUACGAAGUUUGCCAACCGUGAACAGUUUCACCAAUCUGAGAUGUUCUCCUUAUCCUUCUGCCUCCUUCCGUUGUUUUCUUUCAUACCCAAUGCAGUCUUUGCUCAACUGGAAGGUUGGUUUUUCUUCGCUUUAUUUUAUUGAUAGUCGAGUAAAAUUGGUCAUGGGAAUAACCUUUUUUGCUUAGUAUAGUUUAGUGGAAACAUGGAGACGAACCAGUUUUCUCAUUAUAACGAUUUGCAUGUAAAAUAACGCCUGUGGAUAGUAUUUUGUCACUAAUUAACUUGGCUCUUUUUCGGUUUCGCUUGGCUACUUAAAAAAUCGCUGAGAAAUUGCGGCCGGCAUGUUAGAAAAAUGUAUAACAGUUCCUGUUGUUUUACGGGAGAGCGAGCUUUAGCAACUAGGACAAAAGCGAAUAUUACGAAUUAUACUAGUUUUGCGUCCUUUUAUACUCUAUCGCGAUAUGCUUGAAUCUGAUUUUCCUGGAGAUGGAUUCUUAAGGACUGUAUCCGAGUUUUUUUUGGAAAGACUAUUAAUUAAGGAAAAUUAGAAGUCAUGUGUGAAUUCACGUCCUCCACAAAAUGUUGUAUUAGGAACGGCUUCGCGUCGAAGCCGUGCAUUGGACUUCAGAUUAAAGUGUGCCCCAAAGUGUGAUGUACGUGCGGAGCUGUAAGUUAUGUUUUCAUUAAAAAAGAUGUUUUCAGACCUUCGAUCGUUGCCGCCGUCGUCGAGUGGCUACUUCAAACGUAAUAAGUCUCACAAAAAGUAUAUGAUUUAAAGAACUGCAUGGCUUUAAAAGUCAUAAAUGUUAAAUACCUCCAGAACUGCCAGAAAAAUCCCUAAUUCGAUGAGGAGGAUAAUUCCACAUUUUUCUUCCCCUGACCCCUAGGCUUUACUUUCAGGUAAAGUUUUUUAGUUCCAGUUCACUUAACGAGUUCCUUUUUAAAAACCAUUCAUAAAGCCAGGGACUCCCUAAAGGUUUCUUAUAUGCACGACCCAUGCAUCAUAAAGAGGUAAAUUAAACCCUUCAUUCUUUCUUGAUUAAUGAUUCUUCAGAAUUUACCACCAUGUAUCAUCACAGUCUUCGUCAAGAUGUCUUCAUAAAGGACGAGUACCAUUAUUUAAACGUUCCUAAAGUUGGAAUAUUCACAGUGUAUGACAGUCUUGACUGCACCUUUGAAUGCCUCGGCAAUCCUUCCUGUUUGUCCUUCAACCUGGCAGCUUACAAAGGAGCAGAUGGAAAGUUGCGGUGUGAGUUGUUAUCCUCCGAAAAGUACAGCAAUCCCGAGGAGUAUAAAAGGAACGAGAGUUUUCAUCACUUUUUGUAUAGAGUUUAAAGUAAGAUAUUUUUUAUAUAUCAGGUCUACGCGAUUUUAAUAAUGUGUCUUGAAAUAUAAGAUACUUUCGUGUAAACGUAAAACUCGGCGCCGUAAUUCUUUAUAAAAUUAAGGUUCUUUAUAUAGAAUAUCAGCUAAGAAAUCGAACAGGAACUGGCGUAAAAGUGACUGACGAUAAGACGUCGGAGUUAUUCAGUCCAAUGUCACUUUCUCCCUAUUUUCUUGUCUCAACACUUAACCGAGGAACAAAAUUACCUUAAUGAAAAGAAAUCAUAUGAUAUCAAAAUUUUUUAUUAUUAUUUCAGACUCCUUGCAUGUCAUCACCGUGCCAGAACGGAGGCGCCUGUGUAACGAACUACAAGUAUCACACGUUUGACUGCCGUUGCAAGGAUGGGUUUUAUGGAGAAUUCUGUGAAGGUAAUUGCUGUACCGCCGCCCUGUACAUCAAUUCAAGGCAGCAUAAAUAGUAAAGCCGUCGUCCUUGAUAAUAUUUAAAGCCUAUUGUCAGGUGUGCAACGGGCCAACAAUCAUCUUUUGGCGUCUUUUUAACCUGCUUUGAAGCAUCGGCAGAUAAAUUUGUCAGUACUCUCAAAAGUAGAUUCCUCUCUUGUCACCAUCUGGCCAAAACCGAUCAAGUUGAACAAAACCGCCGCUGGCUGCUGUCAAAUUACUAAUUUGACAUGACCGUCAAAGUUUGAAUCGUUUUCUUUUCAACAAAAACUGUUGACUCCCCCCCCCCCCCCAAGUUUACCUGUCACUUUCUCUCCUCUCCGCCUCUUUUGCUUUUCUUCUGCCGUACUUUUCUACUGGCUUCAUUUUGGGGAAAAAAUUUAAAAGAAAACUGAUGACGUCACAAGUGGUACAAGAAACGUAGCUAAAGAAACGAACGGGCAGUUAAAGUGCCUGGAUGUGGUGUGAAUUUGUUAACCCAAACGUAGUUUACACCCCAAAGAUUACAGGUUAUUACUUAAGACGUGACCAGCAGUCUGUCUCCCAUAAAAGGGCAAAGGCCCAUAAAGGGAAAGUGGGUAACCUGUGGUUUAAUGGCUUCCUUGCAGACGUUCCCCUCCUCCCUUCCCUUUCCCUUUCGAACGCCUGCCACGCAGGCUAUCUGUAUCACAUAAAAAGGCAAAGACCCGUAAAAGCAAAAGUGCCGUAACCUGUGGUUUGAAUUUGCUCUUGUCCUUUAUCCCUCCUCCUCCCUUAAUUAUCGUUUCUUGGUAAAGUAAGGGAAAAUCUAAGUUGCGUUUAUGUUUCAAAUUUUUUUUCAGUUGCAAAGUCAUGUCAAGUCCUUUAUGAUCAGCUCAAGGAAAAGUGAGUAUCACUACUGAUUUAAAUAAUAAUAAAAUUAAAUAGAAACAAUAAAAUAUUGAGUCUCGAUGGGGCUGUUCCUACACCAUUAAAACAGCCACAAAUGCAAAAUAAAGGCACGGAUAAAAAACACUUUAAAAAGGUUUAAAAUGGAUUGCAAUUGUGGGUUUUGAAAACUUGUUGGCAUAGUAGAGUUAUUCAAAACUCAUUUUUGAAGUCUGUAAUGUUUAUGACCGGGAGGCAUAUUUAUUGGACAACAGAAUAGUUUUGUCAUUCGCAAGUAAUUUCUUGUUGACUUAUUGAGUUCCAUAGCGCAAAAGACUCUUUUGCGCUAUGGAAGUCAAUAAGCCAAUAAAAAAAAUUACUUUGAAAGAGUAAUUGGCAAUAUCACUUCGUCUUCCGGGGUCGCCGAAAUCGGAGCUUCAGGAACGGUGACCAAAGAAAUUUCGCAAAAAAUUGUGUUACUUCCGAUUGCUCCCAAAUUUGGCACACAGGAAGUUAAUAGAUUUAGCCAAUCACCUGCCUAGUUCCAGCCCCUGUCGACUUUUGACCGUCACACACCGGGUUUUCGAAAAUUUUGAAUUUUAUGGCGAGUCGCGGGGAAUCUUUGUGAGCCGGUUUUGCGAAUAAUGAAAGCUUGUAUAGACGAAUGUCAACCAAAUACAACUCAAACAAACUAUUCUGAAGGAUUUUGGAGGAUAACAAGCAAAAUAAACGCGAAAAUCGAGGUUAGGAAACAAUUAGAAUCUGUGCAUGCAAAUCGCCGAUCGCCCACUCUGUGCCACAUGUUCUUGAAACGGCGACGAUUUCCUUCCCGUUUUGCCUUCGCUUCGCUUUUCGCUGUCAAAUUCUUGCUUAUUUUGAUGAAUUCUAUCAGCAAAUUCAUGUCUGCUUGUCCCUAACUCGAUAUUUUUUUGGGAAUCGAGGAAACAAAGCGUCUCAGUGAAGUAAACAUGGGGUCACGAGGUGACGCCAAAGGAUUAUGCUAAUUAUGAUAAUCCAAUUAGCAUAAUCAUGACAGCGUGCAGAAAAAAAUUUGUAGGAAAUUUCUAGUCGCUCCAUAUUUUAGAACGAUUUUCGGGUUUUUUUACUUACAUAUUGAUGAAAAAUAUUUCUUGCCACCAUAUCACCCAAAAUAAAGAAGUUUCCUAGCUAAAUGACAAUCUUUAAAAUUUUAAAAAAAUUUUAUGCAAAAUAUGCUUUUUUAAUUUUUUUGUGGCGGAAUAUUAUGGGUUUCCUAUGACCGAAAUAUUUUUUUUUCGAAAGGGUAUUCUUUUCCCUUUCCAAUGAGGUAUAGCUUGAUAUUGAACUGUAAAUAACACCAGAGAUAUGAUUUUUUAAAGUUACAUGGCAAAAUACAUUGAAAUAAUUGGCGGCAGACAAGGAGAUAUUUCAUAACAAAAUAAACUAGGCAAUCGUGACAGAGCUCUUUAAGUAACAUUCCCUUUUUUUAUUCGACAGUCAAAAUAUGGAAAAAACAAAUUAAAUGAGAUUUCAUUUUGUAUAGGUUAAACGUGACUCAGUUGAUCACUCUUCUCCUUGAUUCCAAAAAAAUUCCCGUUCUCUGUCACAUGGGAGAUUUUGGAUGUGGAAAUGGAGGAUGGACACCGGUCAUGAAGAUGGAUGGCAACAAGGUAGACUUUUCAGUAGUUUGAUUAAAAGUUCGGGAACGAAAGUGAAAAAAAAAUGGUUAUUAAAUACCGCGAACUUGAUUCUUUAAGCGGUAAUUCUCAAUAGGAGUCAGGAGUGCUAUUUAAAUGAUUUUUCUAAAAAUGUCCGAGGGGCUUAUUUCCCUUUAGAACGCUUUGCACAGGAGGAAAACUUUUUUAGAAAAUUGCGUCCACGAUAAACGCCAGUCUCCUGCAGUUUUUAGACACUAUAAAGAACUGAGGUGGACAGUGUCAAGAACUUUUUACAUCGUAUUAGUAACGAGAGCUUAUAGGGCCCUGCUUUCAGCGAAGUUCAGCGAAUUAACAGCGUAUUAAACUUUAACCAGUGCAAGUAACAACCUUAAUUUACAGUUAGUAUCCGGGGGUCGGCAUAAAUAGUACUUAAAUUGCUUAUCCUUGACAAAUCUCCCAUAUGAAAGCGGUGAAUUAUAUUAGUUUACAUGAGGUUUUAAACCUUGCCAAAACUGUUCGAAGGAUCAUCUCUUGCCUAGAAAUUUCUAAAGCUUGAGAAAGGCUGAAAAUUUCUGGAUAACUGCUCCACGCGUUUAUACUAUCAAAAAUUAUAUGCCCUAUUCUUACUAGUAAAAGUACACGAAGUUCAUUUACACAGCAAGAGCCUCAAACGAUGAUCCGAAGUAAUCUGAUCAUGAGACAAUGAGACAAACCACAGCAGGAUUGUAGCGGGAUCCAACGUUUGUUGAUAAAAUUAAGAGUUUCGCAAUAUUUCUGCGAUCCCAAGAUAAUGGAGCCUUACUAGAUGUACAGGCGAAAUAACCUUCCGACCAUACUUGAAUCAAAUCAUUCUUUACCUAUGAUGGAGACUGUUGUUCUUACCAAUUUUAUCACAGCAAACUUUUCACUUCGACGCCAGUCUCUGGAGCAACAAAGAAACCUUUAACCUUGAAGGAGGGAAGACUGGGUUUGACUCGCAAAUGGCUAAACUACCUUCCUACUGGAACACAUCCUUCUCUAAGAUCUGCCUCGGUAUGAAGAUCAAUGACAACCAGCCCAAGUUUAUUGUUAUCAACCAGCAGGCCAACUCCUUGUACUCUCUGAUCGCUGAUGGGCAAUACCGCAACACCUUGCUGGGUCGUGACACGUGGAAGUCGCUGAUUGGUUCUAAAGCCUCCUUGCAGUACAACUGUAACAAGGAAGGGUUCAAUGCUGUUAGUGGUAAUCCUGAUUUUUCCAAAGCACGAAUCGGUAUCAUUAGUAACGAACAAGACAAUUGCGCCACUUGCGACUCUAGAAUUGGAUUUGGCACUGGUGGAAAGCAUGAUAAAACCAACUCAUGUGGAAACGAGGCUUCAUAUAAUUCAGAUAAUGGCGAUAAGCAUAUUAAGGCAAUGGGAUACAUUUUGGUGCAGUGACAGGAAACUGAUCUGGGCAAAUUUACUUUUGGCGCUAAACGAAAGCUAUCUUAAGGGGCCGGUCGUUUAUUACCUGAGGGAGAAGCCGGCGGGAGGGGAGGGGGGAGGGGGGAGGCGGCCAUUUUACUGGAUGUUCAUUUUCAAACACUUGAUUUUUAGGGGUUUAUUUUCAGAUGAGAGUCACUUUCACGAUAUGUAAAAUUUAUGAGGGGCAGGAGCCCAAUUUGAUGGGCUCCUGGUGAUGCGGGUAUGCUGUUCCAUAAUUUAGGUCCUGCUAUAGAAAUCUUCGAUCGCCAGAAGACUUUAGCUUAGACCUCGGGACUUGAAGCAACUUAUUCGAGCAAGAACGCAAAGAGUAAGAGCUGCUACAAAAACUGAGCAAAUUGGAUAUAUCACUUGGUGAAAGUCCAUUGAUAGCCUUAUAUACUAACAAUAAAAUUUUAUAAAUAAUACGAUAUUCAACAGGCAACCAAUGUAAGUCUAUUAAGCUGGGUGUUAUGUGUUCAUCAGUUUCUUUGUGAUUGUUACGAUGCGCGCUGGUCUAUUCUGAACCGAGCUGAAGGCGGUUAAAGGGAACUUUAGGUAGUCCAUAUAGAAUCGCAUUACAGUAAUCCAAGUUGGUAAUCACAAAAGCAUGAAUAAUUGUUUCAGUAGAUUCACGAUCCAAAGAUCUGACUCGUCCCCAGUCGUCUCUCUUGAGACGACUGGGGACGAGUCAGUUACUAGAUGUACAGGCGAAAUAACCUUCCGACCAUACUUGAAUCAAAUCAUUCUUUACCUAUGGUGGAGACUGUUGUUCUUAACAAUUUUAUCACAGCAAACUUUUCACUUCGACGCCAGUCUCUGGAGCAACAAAGAAACCUUUAACCUUGACGAAGGGAAGACUGGGUUUGACUCACAGGAGACUAAACUACCUUCCUACUGGAACACAUCUUUCUCCAAGAUCUGCCUCGGUAUGAAGAUCGGCCAGCAGAUCAGGUUUAUUUUCAUCAACAAGGAGGCGAACUCCUUGUACUCUCUGAUCGCUGAUGGCUAA